AUGGGAGACGUUUUGAAGUUACUACUUCUAUUUUGUAUUGUCACUGCGGUGGCUGGAUCUGCUUUUCCAAGGAAAAAUAAAUGCCCUGAGGGACAAUACAAGUUCAAGAAUGCCUGCUUCCAAUGCACACCAUGCGGAGACUUCAUGUAUGAACAAGAGAAAUGCUCGAAAACUUCAAACACUGUUUGCGGAUGGUGCGGAAAGAAACCAAACUUGGAUAACCUCUCACAUGAAAUUCUUGCCUCUUAUCAAACCAAAUGUCUUAUGUCUAGCUUGGAAUUCAUCGGAAUGACCAAACUCAAGGACGAAAUGAUCAACGUCUUCAAUGAUGACACUGAGAAAUUUUCCAGCAGAGAUACCAUCAUUAAUGGAGAAAACUUGGAAGUCAUUGAUGCUGAGGAGGAUCGUUUCAAAAUAGCCAAGGAAAGCUUGAACGGUUUUGAAGACAGCGAGGAACAAGAACUUCCGGAUCCAACUUAUGAGGAAGGAAAAGACUCGGACUCUGCUGAAAAUGAGGAAUCGAGAAAAGUUGACCCGUCAGUUAAAGUUGUAAAGUUGGAUAAGGAGGAAGACUUCGAUGACCAAAUGGAAGACUUAGAGGAAACCGAUGCUGAAUACAAGACUAGAUUGGAGUACGAACAAGAAAAUGAGGAUCUUUUUGGUUCACUUUACAGUGAUUACUACAAAAAAAAGAGCGCGAGAGAAGAAGAUCAGAAAAGAAAAGUAGAAUCGGUUUAUCCAUCGUGGGUGAGAAAAUAUGAUAUGUCUCAUGAAGUAGUGGUUAAGGUGUUAAAGGAUCUGGGACCAAAACAACCAAUUUUGCCUCAUCCCCGUCAUUCUUUCUCCUCAUCGGAAGAAUCAAAUGAACGUGAAAUCAAAUGGGACAAUUGGGUUGAUGAUGAAGUUAAAAUACUUGGAAAGAAUGUUGAGAUUGUUGAAGCCGAAGAGAUCAGCUCAGAUGACAAUGAGAAGUACGAUGCCUAUGAGAAGAAGCCAAUGAAACGUUUGACUGAUAUCGAGAAAAGAGAUAUUAUCAGCCGUUUGACUGAGAAGUUCUCAGCUGACCAUGAAUUGGAAUACCCUGCUCGUCCACCACCACCAUUCUUCAGCCCAGUCAUGUUUGCUUGUAUGGGAUUUGUCAUUAUGUCUUCCUUCAUGACUUUUGGUUACAUUCAAUUGCGUCAAAAUAACGUUUUCAACGGAGUUCCAACCGAUGCGGAAGACUAUCAAAUGAUCAUCGACGCCAGCAAACGUAUCGAGGAGCUUGAGAAGAAGGAAAAGCAAGCCAAUCGCCACGUUCAUAUCAACCCAGUAUUCGAUGUCUAA